AUGGCGGAUGAGGUCUUGGUGGAGGAGCAGCUGUUGCAGAAGCUUCGCUCCUUCGUCCUGGAGUGUUGUACACCCCCGCAAUGUUUGACCUCAACAUCUUCGACGGAGUCUCUCAUGACGCGAUCUCUCUGGACGCAAGAAAUUGAUUGCAUGCAUCUUCUUGACAUGUGCCCAAACCUGACUGAUAUUCUCUUUUUCCAGACGAUGACACUUAUAGAAGGCCUACGCCAGGUGUGUGGAGAAAUUUGCAAGAGUGCUGGGCGGUCUCUUAACCCAGCCGAGCUUUCCCCACGAUUAACGCAUCUGCCCACCGUGGGCGCGCCGCCACCGUCUAUGCCACCACCUCGUGGGGUGCUUGUCAGUCUCUGUGGAACUAUAGUACGAAUGAAUGCCAAACGUGUAGUACCAUUUGUUCAUAAACUGAAAUGCACCAAGUGUGGAGACACGGUUGAGGUGGCGUCUAGCCCUUUUGAUCGUGCCUCCAAGCCAAGAGGGCGUUGCGAACGCAAGGGGUGUGGAGGUGGGGAAUUGCAACCUGUUGGUCAGGUUUGGAUGGACUACGCAGAGUGUCGUUUGCAGCAGCGUUCCAGUCUCUCGGGUCGCCUCCCCCGUACCCUUCUUGUGACUCUUGAAGAUGAGCUGACGAUGAAAUGCACAGUGGGCCAGUUGGUAGAGGUUAUUGGCAUUUUGUUUCCAAAGUGGCGUGCCACGUAUCCCAACAGUCGGCCAGUUAUUGAACCUACAGUGUGGGCACUUAACAUCAGUUCGGUAGAGUCUUACCGGGAAGGAGGCCCUGGUAAAAUAGCUGCCGUACCACGACGUAAACCACCUGAUUCAAUGGAAGGAUCUGCUUUUAGCCCUGAAUCAUUUUUUUCCUCCUUCUGCAAGGAUAAACUACGCAGAAGCACUGCCUUGGUCACUUCUGUGUGUCCACAUCUUGCAGGAUUGUUUGCCCCCCGUAUGGCUUUAAUCCUUGCGGUGGUAGGAGGGACUUGCACCACAGGCAAGUCACGUAUGCCCAUACGAUCCACAAUUCAUUGUCUCUUCGUGGGUGAUCCAUCGACAGGGAAGUCGCAAUUGCUGCGGUUUGCCGCCAUGAUUGCGCCGCGGAGUACAUCCACCACAGGGAUCGGGAGUACCUCCGCCGGGCUAACAGUGGCUGCAGCGAAGGAAAAUGGCGAAUGGGUUUUGGAACCGGGUGCCUUGGUACUUAGUGACGGUGGUGUUUGUGUGAUCGACGAGCUACGAACCGUGUCUUCGGCGGAUAGAGCUUCCCUUCAUGAGGCCAUGGAGCAACAAACCAUUUCAGUGGCCAAGGCGGGGAUGGUAACCAAACUCCGAACCUCUUGCUCUGUCAUUUCAGCGUGUAAUCCUCCUCCGAAACGGCACGGGGGGACAGAAAUUGGCGUGGGUGGACCCUUGCUUAGUCGUUUUGAUUUUAUUUUCUUGCUAUGGGAUAAGCCCUCGUUGGAAGUCGACAGUCGUGUUGCCACACACAUUCUUACCUGCUCACAAGCUGGGCAACAACCACCAUCUGUUCUUUCGCAAGAGGACAUUAGCCGCUACUUGCGGUGGAUCCAUUCUCACUAUGCACAACACGAGGGUCCUUUACUUUCGGAUCAGGCAGCGGAGCUUAUCAAGACGUACUACGAUCUGCAACAUCGACGAGGGACUUCACCUCUUCUUGCUGACUGUGUGCCAGUCACCAUACGUCUGCUGGAGUCCCUUGUGAGAAUAACGCAAGCGCAUGCAAAAUUGCACCUGGAACAUGUCUGCACAGAGGAGGAUGCGGCGUUAGCUAUUUUUCUGAUGGAGCAAAGCGCCCAUAGUCUAAAGUGUCCUUUGGAGUCUCUUGGUCCGGAGGUAUACACAAGCUCCAAGUCUCUGGAAGACUAUUUUCUCGAUCCAAGUUUGGAGGGGGUGCAAAGGCAACGCUGGGUGCUUCGGGCAAUUGUGGAUGUUUUUUCAAACUGCGGCAGCGCCCAUUCCUCCUCCGAAGACGCAGUGGCAGCAACAUGGUUGGAGAAGCUGAAGGCCCCGUCGGAGGGGGCGAUGUUGCCUUCGCAGCAGAGCAGCAACCCUGAAAGGGAAGGAUCAGUACCGAGCGAAGCGGUCUUGCGUAGUGCACGACGGUUGGAAGUGGAGGUGUCCUCUCCGUUUUCGAGUGUACAAACAGUGAUUCAGUACACACCCAGCUCACUGAUGCAAUCUCCCCUUAAGAAGAGUUCCAGACGCCGCGAUGCAGAUGAAAUCAUGAAUAGUCUGGUUUUUCGCUUUUGA